GUGAUAAAGAGGAAGAGCUGUUUCUUUUUUAUUUAUUUUUUAUUAAAAAAAAUUACUAAGAACCAUGACAUUGAUUUCUUUCAAUGCCAGUCUUGUCUGGGCAUUAUGCCUCUUCUCUCUCGUCUCUGUUCAAGCAAAGCUGUCCAUCUAUCACAUUCAGGAUGGUGAUUACAUUAAGCGUGGUGAGAUUACAGACCUUUCUACCACACCUGUAUACACACCUACAAAACAUGAGAUUCUCGUAAAGCCCGAAGCUAAAGCGCUCUACAAGCUCAAGAUCAAGGAUGACAGCACUGGUCGUUUGAUGAUGUCUUCUAUUCCCUACCGUCAAUUGGUGGCUAAUGACUGGCAAGAUACUUUCAAGAUUCAUUUAGACGAUAAGGGCGAGGUUUAUCACGUUGAUUAUUAUGCUGGAGAGAAUGCUUGCACAGAGACAAAGACUCCUUUGGUUGGUGAAGCGUUCAAGACAACUAUUCAAUUGAUAAAGCCUGUUCCAGGUCCCGUGCCUCGGUUGAUUCAACUGAAUACAAACAAACCCGCCUCUCAGCCUAGUUCUGGAGUUAACAAGGAAGGAACUGUCGUUGAGAUCCAAGAGGAGCAAUCCUUUUUCCGUAAAUAUUGGUAUAUUAUUGCUCUUGGUGGCAUCCUCUUCUUGUCAGCAACCAACCCUCCACCUGAAGAAGCAAAAUAAGCUUUAUUUUACUUUAUUUUUUACUUUAAUAUAAUAUAAUUUUAUGUUUUAUU